UCCCAACUUCCCUCAUCGAAAUGGCUAAUGGGUCAGUCGGACGUGCUUUUUUCGAGCGUCACAGCGUGCUCUUUUUCCCUGGAUUCGACACUAUCGGUGUUUUGUUGAUGGAAGAGAAAAGUCAAGAAUUAGCCGCUCAUCUGAACAGCGGCAGGCCAACGAACAUUCGACGUCCAAUUACAUAUCCAUGCACAGUCGUCAACCGUGUAAACUCGCGGAAGGUCAAGAUCCAGCCCCAUAUUGGAUCGUCAGACGAUGGUGUUUAUUUGAAGCUCUCAGAUAUCCAAAGGUUGGGUUUGAACGACACGGGCUAUACCGUUGUCACUCGUCAAGGGCCGUGUAAAGUAUAUUCUGGUGUGACAUUCUUCUUCCAGAAUGACUACAACAAUGGCAUCUUUCGCUACCAUGUACCCAAUAUCCUCGGCCUCGUGGCAGAUACUGUCCACUCUGACGCCACGUUCAACACGAGGAAAGAGGGAAUCAUUGGAAUACCACGGAUAGAUAAACACCUCGUGUUCAUACACCACAGUGAUGUAUACAUAAUCCAUCUCUCUGCCCUUUCUUCGCUCGCCCAAUACUUCACAAAUAUGGUUCCCCUCUCCGAUGUCGCAUUCGAUAGCGCACUGCGUCCUCAAUUCCCGUCCACCGGGACGUACGUGGCCGACUUUUCAAGUGUCUAUAGCACAGCGCUUGCGUGUCAAGCACCGCCUUACAACGUCUUUCGACAGAAUAUGACCAUCCCUUCAUUUUGCUUCUACGAGGCAUGCAGGACAUGCCACAAACGGGAGGGGAUCAGUUGCAAGUUACGUAUUUGUUCGCAGUGUAAGAAGGAGGGCAGGAAGAUGCGUGCUUUGUACUGCGGAGAGGCGUGCCAGCGGGCAGACUGGCAGAGACAUAAGGCUGAGCAUGCGGGAACACAGCCUUGGGACGUAAAUAGCCGCCCUGAUAUAGUCGUUGUUCCCCGACUGCCGAUGAGGAUGGGAUGAGAUGUGUUACAUUCUGCUUGUACUUAGCUAUGGUCAGGUUUAUAAUUUCUCUCUUACACCGCUACUAGGUUUCACUGGAGCACUGACGCGAUGCGUAAUAGUGCCAAUCCUUCUGUCAUACCCUCUGUAUUUAUUACCACAGAGCUACCUGGAGUAGUUCUGUGCUCUUCGUAGAAGACGUGCGAUGAAGUCUUGGUGACUGCUCCUUUGCUUCUCCGUCUUUCAUUUCGAGGAUGUGUCCUUUCUCCUUUCACUAAUAGAGAAAACCAUAGCAGCCAGGAGUACUUACGUUUAGACUUUGCAAUAUCAAAUCCAAUCUUGUGCUUGAGAUCUCGCCCUCGUAUUCAG